AUGGGGGACUGGAACUUGUUGGGCAGCAUCCUUGAAGAAGUGCACAUCCACUCCACCAUAGUUGGCAAAAUCUGGCUCACAAUCCUGUUCAUAUUCCGGAUGCUGGUGCUGGGAGUGGCUGCUGAAGAUGUCUGGGACGACGAGCAGUCCGAGUUCAUCUGCAACACAGAGCAACCUGGCUGCAACAACAUCUGUUAUGACAAAGCCUUUCCCAUCUCUUUGAUCAGAUACUGGGUUCUACAGAUCAUAUUUGUCUCCUCCCCAUCAUUAGUGUACAUGGGCCAUGCACUCUAUAGGUUAAGGGCGCUUGAGAAAGAGCGACAGAACAGGAAAGCCCACCUGCGGGCUCAGCUGGAAGACCUGGAACCCAUGCUCGAGGAACACAGGAGAGUAGAGAGAGAACUGCGUAAGCUGGAGGAACAGAAGAAAGUGAAUAAGGCACCCCUGAGAGGGUCCCUGCUGCGCACCUAUAUCCUACAUAUCCUGACCCGGUCGGUGGUCGAAGUGGGCUUUAUGAUAGAGAAGACCAUCUUUAUGGUUUUCAUGAACAGCAUCGCCGCCGUCUCCCUCUUCCUCAACAUCCUAGAAAUCGCCCACCUGGGCCUCAAGAAGAUCCAGAAGAGCCUCUGCGGGCAGCCGCAGUGGCCGGCAGGCCUCGCCGAGGAGGAUCCCAGCCUUACAACUCCAAGAAGAGCUCCGUGGUGCCGUCGCGCGCCCCGCCUGGCCAGCAACGCGGCCCGCCGCGCCCCGCGCCCGCCCCGCUCCCGCUACCGCCGCCGCGCCCGGCGCCGCCCGGCCCGCCGCCGGCCCGGGCGGCACCGCGGGCAGCUCCGGGGACGCCGCCGCCCCGCCGCCGGCACCACGGACAGCACCAGCCCUCCUCCAGCAGCGAGGAGGGCCGCGGGCCGCCGCGCCGGGCGGCGGGGCAGGGGCCGAAGCGGUGGGCGCCGGCCGCCGCCCGCCGGGCACCCCGCAGGCACAGCCGGUGAGCGACCUGCCGCGAUCUGGGAUGAGGAGCGCGGCGACUCCCCGGACAGCGGGCACUGCCCAGGAACGCGCAAGUCCAGCUUCCUCUCCCGCGUCCUCACCGGAGCCGGGCUGGGCAGCGACAGCGAGGGCACGCGUCCCGCGGCGGCUCCGGCCCCGGCUCCGGGUCCGUGUCCGGCUCUGAGGGGAAGCGCGCCGAGAGGGCGCGCCCAGCCCGCCGCCGCCAAAUAUGGGACGCCGCGUGUCCAUGGCAAGUAG